GGUCAACGCCCGGAACCGCUACCGAAGGCCAAGCGGUACGUGUGUAGAGAUCACGGAAAAAGUUUCGCCAACCGGUAUGAGUUCAAUGAGCACCAGUACAUCGUUCACGGCCUGACACAUCCAUACCUGUGUGAAUACGAUGGUUACCGACAUGACAUGCGGUGCAACAAACAGUACGACCGGGAGUUUGAUUACGUGCGCCAUCAGCGCCGCCAACACUCCAUACGCGUUCACUACGAGUGCGAGUACAGCGGGUGUGACCAGUAUUUUGAUCACAGGUCGGCCAUCAAAGAGCACAUCACCAAAAUGCACGGCAAACAGCGGCCGUUUGUCUGCGAUCGGACCGACUGUGGCCAGAGUUUCGGCCGCGAGACGCAACUCUACGCCCAUAAACUUCGGGUCCAUUCCGAACCUAUUGUCGACCAAUCGGUGCCUAAACCAAAAAUAUGUCAAUACGAAUGCGAUUAUAAGAACUGCUUUGGAAUGUUUGCCACCGAAGAGAUACUGCAAAAACAUAAGAAGUCUGUCCAUCAAAAUCACGAUCAGUUGUCAUCGGCUCAAGAAAUGCCCGCCGUUUCCAUUGAUAGCACUACAUCUCAAGUACUUCCAGGCCUUUCCAAUGAUAGUGCUGUGUCUCAAACAGUGCUCACUGGCCUGUCAUCCAUCUCAUCGGUAGACACACAGCAUAGCGUUAUUUGUAAUACGGAUCGGGAAUUGCGGACACAUUUGAAGACAACGCGCGCCGACUCUUCGGGCCAUACCGUGACCUACAGUGAGAAGCGAUACAAAUGCGACAAAUGUUCGCAAACCUAUCGUCGCGACUGUCAGCUCAAACGGCACCAGAAGUCACGGCACGGCGUGCGGGAGCCAUACCGGUGCUCGCGUGACGGGUGUGACCGCCGGUACGCAAAACAGUCGCUAUUGGAAGCGCACAAACUGGCCAAACACCGGACGGAUAUGCUUUACCGGUGCCGAUACGGUCAGUGCGAAUGUGGGUUUGAGUCCGAGCGCCAGCUGAACCAACACCGGCGCAUAGAGCACGCCAUACACUACCCGUACCGGUGCUUACGGGACCCGUGCGAUAGCGGCGCUCCCGGCGGGUAUUCUACUUACGAUAUGCUACGCGAGCAUGAGUUGGCCGCGUACUACACUUAUCGUUGCGAUUAUAGUGGCUGCGAUCGGGCGUACGACACACGCCAGAUGCUAUUCGAGCACCGGACUCGGUGUAGGUAUGAGCCCAAUAGCCGUCACUCUCGCACCCCCUCUGUGGGCGAUUCCCCCUCUACCUCCCGGUCGCGCAGGUCUAUGGAUAGGACUGAUCGCGAUUUGGACGCCCAUAAGUACUCGUCUCAUAAACGGUCCGUAACGCCCGAUAGUCACCAACGGGUCAGCAGCACCGGUAGCCCAGCGGUGGCCACUUCGACCUCGAUGUACACCAAACCCAAAAACGACUAUACCACCGCUAUAUCGCCGGUAAAUGACAUACCGGUGAACAACGAUAACGACAUACGGAUACCCGACUACACGACCGGCACUUUCCUUAACGACUUACCGGUGUUGACCACCGAAACGGCGGCGGAUCCGUUGCCCGUACAGCCUGUGUCCGACCCCAUAGACCCACUGUCCAUAACUACUACUGAGAGUUGUGAAUGUCUGACCGCUUAUAACGCUAUUAGCUAUGAGCGUCCAAUAAGUGAUGGACAAAACGUGUGCCCCGAAUGCGACAAAUCAUUCAUUAAGCUCAAAGGCCUGAACGACCACCGGCGCGCCGUCCACUCUGUGCAGCCGACGUACUUGUGCUCAGACGACGGGUGCGGCCAAACGUUUUACACUCAACGGCAGCUUAAGAGCCAUAUUCGUGAACACAAGUCGCCCAACAUGUGUCACGUGUGCCACAAGUGGUUACGGCGACCGCUGGCUCUGGCGCUACACAAUCACGCCCUACACGGCCUGCCAUUGCCCCACCCGUGCGAUUAUGACGGAUGCGACAAACAAUGUGUCACGAAAGCACAGUUAAUUUGGCACAAAUAUCACUUCAAUCACUUUACGGCCAACGAUUACGAUAUGCGGCCAAACCCUACGCCCACAGCCAUAGCCCCGCCGAUGACCACGGCUUCAGUCCAAUUGGCUGAUGACGAUAACUUUUGGCUAAUGGCGAUGACUAUUGGCUCACUAUUAUUAUCGCCGGCGACAACCACUACCGCUGUUGAGACUACCGGCGCAGUCGACACGAGGGCUGUCCAACAAUUUCCCGCUCGCCGGGUCGGACAGAGUCCGCGAACGGUUCCGCCGCCGCCGACAACAGCGGCAACGACUUCGAUGGCCACAACUGCCGACUCGUACGUGACUUUAGCGCCCAGAGUCGGACAGCGAUGUCGAGAUCGGGGCCGAGACUACUUCUCAGCCGACGGGCGUCGCGCCAAUUGGCCGGCAGUCAAUUGGAUCACCGCCGGUGGAGGCCGUCGUUGUGGGCAAUGGUUUGUGGCAAUUACAUCGGUUACCGCCCAUAACCACAGCCGUAGACACUGGCAUACGGGCGCUGGCGAUGGCACAGAUCGUACCCAAUGGGGAGAGACGGCUGUCCGUGGCGUCGGCCGACACCAGCCCUACGAUAUAUUACAUCGGUUACCGCCCAUAACCACAGCCGUAGACACUGGCAUACGGGCGCUGGCGAUGGCACAGAUCGUACCCAAUGGGGAGAGACGGCUGUCCGUGGCGUCGGCCGACACCAGCCCUACGAUAACACCGGUUCCCUCCGAUAUGGAAAUCGAUUCGGACAUCGAUGACAGCAGUGAUUUGUUAGACCCGCCCGACGGCGGCGAUUUCAUUGAUAGCACUACAUCUCAAGUACUUCCAGACUUUUGCAGUUAUAACUCUGCGAGUCUAGUGAUGGAGGCACAAGCCACAGAGAACCCAUUGCGAUUGUCUGGA